AUGAGAGUAACGGUGACGAUAAUGAUAACGGUAACUGUAACGUUGAUGGUGACGGUAAUGGUAAUGGUAACGGUUACAGUCACAGUGACGGUAAUGGUAACGGUAAUGGUGAUGAUAACGUGUGAUUAUAGUAACGGUAAUGGUGUUGGUGAUGGUAACGGUGACGAUAACCAUAAUGGUGACACGGUAACGGUAACGGUAAUGGUAAUGAUGAUUAUAACAAUAACAGUAAUAGUGAUGGUUACUGUGACGGUAACGGUGACGGUAUUGGUAAUGAUGACAGGAAUGAUAACGAUGACGAUAACGGUGACAGUGACAGUAAUGGCUAUUACGGUGAUGUUCACGGUAACGGUAAAGAUAAUAAUAACGAUGAUGGCGAUGAUGAUUGUAACGAUAACAGUGAUGGUGACAGUAACGGUGAUGAUAAUAGUAUCGAAGACGGUAACAAUAACUAUAACAAUAACUGUGAAGAUGAUGGUGACGGUAACGGCAAUGGUGACAGUGAUAGUAAUGGCGAUUACGGUGAUGUUCACGGUAACGGUAACGGUAACGAUAACAAUAACGGUGACAGUGACUGUAGCGGUAACGGUAAUGGUGACAAUAACAGUCAAUGUAUCGGUAACAGUCAUAGUAAUGAUGAAAGCAAUGGUAACAAUGACGGUAACAGUGACGAUGACAGUAACGGUGAUGAUAACAGUAUUGAAGACGGUAAUAGUAAUGGUAACAAUAACGAUGACGAUAACGGUGAAGAUGACGGUGACGGUAAUAGCGACAGUGAUAAUAAUGGAGAUUACGGUGAUUGUCACGGUAACGGAAACGGUGACGGUGACGAUGACUGUAACAGUAACAGUAAUAGUGAUAGUAAUGGUCACACUGUAUUGUAACAGUCAUAGUAAUGAUGAGAGUAACGCUAACUAUGACAGUCACGGUCACGGUAACAGUAAUGGUCACUGUCAGAUUGACAGUGAUGAUAACGGUGACGAUAUUGGUUACAGUGAGAAUAACGGUAACGAUGAUGGUAAUGGUAACGAUUACAGUAACGGUGAUGAUAAUAGUAACAGUAACGGUAACAGUAAUAGUCAUGGUAACGGUGACGGUCAUAGUGAUUGA